UGAACAGGGUGGAGUUUGUCAGAUUCCACUGGGGUCUCUCUCUUGGAGUGUCACUUUCUCUCUGUACUGUGUGUUUGAUUCCGUCUGGCACUUUAUUAAUCUCUGGCCCAGUAGCUUUACUUUCAGGGAAGUGUGAAAGGGAGAAUUGGAGAUGGAAAAGAGAGGAAAUGUAAUGCCGGGGGUCGAGGAUGAAUCCGGGCAGCCUGUCUCGGCCUUGUCGAUUCUCUCUCUGUUAGAACGCGUGUCUACGAUCAUUGAAGGUGUCCAGGCCAGCCAGCAGCGCAUGGAGGAGCAUCAGCAGCAGCUCGAAAGCUCGGUGAGCUCUGUCCAAUCUGAGCUUCUCAAAUUAGCUCAAGACCAUGGCGCCACGGCCACAACCGUUGACAAACUACUGCAGAAAGCCCGCCGCGUGAGUGCACACGUUAAAGAAGUAUGCUCACGUGUGGAGAAACAGAAUGUGCGUGUGAAGAAAGUGGAAACUACACAAGAUGAGCUGCUCACCCGCAACAAGUUCAGGGUUGUUAUCUAUCAGGGUGAAACUGAAGUUCCCUCUGUUGCUGUCACCAAGACUCCCAAGGGGGCAGGGCUUGCUAACUUGGAGGUGGAGCCAGAUGAGUAUGAAAUCCCUGCUGACCUAUCAUCUGAUGAUGAGUACAUGGUGGUUGAAGAAGCAGAAUCAUCACGGGGCGCCCGUCUGAAACAGAGCGGGUUAAAAGGCAUCGAGAACAUCAAAGCAGCGUUCUCCAAAGAGAACAUGAACAAGACCCGUGAGAAGACACGGGAAAACCUCAGCAAGACCAAGGAGAGCCUUAGUAAGACGGGCCAAACACUCGGAACCAAAAUCAACACCUUGGGUGAGAAGAUCGUGCCCCCUGAGCAGCGAGACAAGAUCCGUCAGGGCAGUGAGAGGCUGAAGGAAAACAUUGCUAAGACAGCACCUAAUAAAGAAUCGUUCAGAAUCAAACUGAAGAAGGAACGCACAGUCGCUGAGGGCCAAGAGGGAGCGGAGGGGGAGUCUGCUGUGACUCCUCCCAAAGGCAGGAAAUCUAGCCCAGAUGUGACCUACACAGAGGUGGCCAGCGAGAACAAGAGGGAAGGUCCAGUAUCGGAGGCGGGAGCAACCCGUGUCCAAGAAGACUGAACACAGAAAGGAAGGAAAUAAACAUAGAUAUAAUACAGAGAUAGAAAGUAGUUCAUGAGUAAGUGGAAGAAAAAGGGGGUCUUUUCAUAAAAAAUGUGCUCCAGAAUGUGAGAGUGUAUGAGUAUAUGUGUUGGGUUGCCAGAUUAAUCAACAGUGCAAGCAGAUGUGUUUGUAUCAUUUCUGUUACCAUAAGCCACAUGUGAAAUGUAUUAAAAUGUGAAAACAUGCUG